CUGCGCAUGAUGUGUGGACAGCUAAACGGUUUAAGCCCGCGAUACGCGCACUUGUCAUUACAAGCUGCGAUAGAAUUCGAUUAUCAUAGGCAACUGCUUUUCAUUCAUUAUCAUUUCAUAUAAAGGCUUGCAACAUGUGAAGAAAACCCCUUUGCUCUCAUUCAUCAACUCGCAGGAGUUUUUUUCGGACGCUCAACCGGUAAGGUGGGAGCUGCCCCUCGUGUGAAAGGGCUGAUAUUCAAAACGAGGCCAUGGAGGUGCUUCCGAAGCUCUCAGAAGUGAGCUGUAAUAAAAGCUGGCUCUGUAAGGAAACAACCAGCCACACUAAGACGGAGCUGUUGUCCUUAUGUUCUUCUCCUUCUCUACGAGAUGGAAGAAAUCACAGAUCAAUCAGAGUUAAGGAGGAGGCCUACGACCCUGGAUAUCAUCCCAAGAAAGAAAUGGACUUUGAUGCCAGCUUACUUCAUGUUAACAAGGAAGUUGGUGACCUCAAGCAUGAAUUCACUGCAGAAGAGGACUGUGAACAACAUGCCCCCAUUAAAGCAGAGAUUUGUCAGGAGGCCUUUAACCUCAGCUGUGCUUUCAUAAAAAAGGAAGCAUUAGGCCCUGAGUUCAUUAGAAGAACACCAGACCAGGCUUCUGCUUUAGAGAAAAGGCUCCACAACAUGGGGUUUGGUGUCGAUUUCACUAAGAGUAGCAAUUUAGGAAGGCUGGCUGGGGAACUAGAUAAAAACCUUUCUGACAUUAAAAAGACAGAAGACUUUGUAUUGGAUAGUCUCUCUUGGCCCUUAUCUGAAGAAGUGAAAUUGAAAAGGGAGGAAGAUGAUACAAAGGUUCCCAUCACUGUGCCUUCCAGUUGCUUGCCGGAAAAUGGAAAGACUAUUAAGUUAGAAUCAUUAAAUUACAAUCAAGAGGACUGUUCACAAAACAGAGAAACCACCAGGGAGAAUAUGGAUAUGGAAACAAAUGUUGACCAACUUUAUGGAGAAAUUCACACUAAAGAGAAGAAUAUUAUAUGUGAUAAAAUGUUCAAAAGUAAGUACCACCAGAAAGUUCACACAGGUGCGGCAACCCACAACAUACACAACAGAGAAACUCACUUUGCCUGCACACAGUGCCCAAAAAAGUUUAAAACCAAAUACCCCCUUCAUCGCCACCAACAACUUCACACCGGUGAGAGGCCUUAUUGUUGUGCCGAAUGUGGAAGUGCAUUCCUAACUAAACUAGCUCUUGAAGAGCACCUGAUGUUACACAAUGGAAAGAGUUUGUAUAACUGCAGUGAGUGGAAAAACGAAUUUCUAAAUGAAAGUGCUCUUACACAUCACCAGAGAGCUCACGAAGAAGAGAGUGUCCAGUUGGCUGCUACUGAAAUGACACAUUAUACUUGUGCUGAUUGUGGAAAACAGUUCUCCCUUCAACAGCAUUACAAACCUCACUCAGGACAGAGGCCCUAUUAUUGUGAUGAAUGCGGAAAGAGAUUCAUAACAAAGGUGAGGCAUCUUAAGAUUCACAUGGGAGAAAACCUAUAUACUUGUAUGGAGUGUGCAAAAUCAUUUACAAAGAAGGCUAAUCUUCAUCGUCACCAGAAGGUUCACUCUAGAGAGAGCCAGCAAGACAUCAGCCUGGAAGAAGGAAAUCACGUAAGCACAGAGUGUAGUAAAAUGUUUAACAGUAGACAUUCCCUUCAGCAUCACCAGAACAUUCACACUGGAAAGAAUGGUCAAAACAUGCAUACCAAAGUGAAGCGUUUUGCUUGUACUGUAUGUGGAAAAAUGUUCUCAACCAGUUACUCUUUCCAUCGUCAUGAAAAGAUUCACAGUGGGGAGAAGCCAUUUAGCUGUGCUGAAUGUGGCAAACAGUUCACACACCGUUAUUAUCUUGUGGCACAUCAGAAAAUUCAUACUAGGCAGAAGCUUUUUUCCUGCACUGAAUGUGGAAAGUCAUUUGUGAAGGAAAGUUCUCUUCAGCAGCAUCUAAGAGUUCAUAUCGUUAAACCUUACUGCUGUGCAGAAUGCGGAUUGCAAUUCAAAUUCAAGAGUAAGUUUGAACGCCACCAGACUAUUCAUACCGGGUACAAACCUUAUUCCUGCCCUGAAUGUGGGCGACGUUUUUUACAAAAAAGUCAUCUCCAGCUGCACCAGAGGUUUCACACUGGAGUGAAAAAGUAUGAAUGUCCUCAAUGUGGAUUGAGAUUUACAUGGCAGCGGGAUGUUCAAAAACACCAGCAAAUUCACAGUGAAGAGAAGCCAUAUUCCUGCAGUGACUGCGGAAGGAGUUUCACACAGAGAAACCAGCUCAAGAGCCACAGGAGGAUUCACAGUUUAGGUCAACAGUAUGACUGUGCUGAAUGUGGAAUGAGGUUUGCAGUUAAAUGGGGUCUUCGACAGCACAAGAAAAUUCAUGCUGUGCAAAGCGGAGGCUGCCCGGAAAUUGUGGUAGGAGUCGGGUAUGGAGGGAGUUUGAAAUACUAUACGACUCCUUAAGGAUAACAAAAGCCCCAGGCUGAUGUGUUGUGAAUAUUUCCUAAUGGGAUGAGCCUUGUUAAAUUAAAUAUAUCCCUAACCUCAUUGAAACGAAUGGCUGCUAAUUUAUGUUUAAUGGACACCUUCCAUAAUGAACUCUAGAAGUAACUGGCAACACAACAUGAUGAGGCGUUUUCUUUGUUAAUGAAUCUGAAAUACUAUAUCUUACUUGUACAGUAUAAACAAGUCAAAAGAUUCUGAUAACUUGUUGUUUAGGGUCAAUUAGAGACCUCUUUCCCUUCCCUUUAUACCUUUCCAGCAUGCAGCUUUUUAAAGGAGUUCUCCUAAUCCCUUUAAUUCAGAGGGUGAGCAACUGGUGACGGAUAUUUCAUGAAACUUAAAGAAAUCUUCACAAUCCCUAAAAAGUUAACUCAGAUGGUCAAGAACUGAAAAUCCCAGAUUAUAACUUUCUAACACUGGAUAUACCGUAUCAUGAAGCCAGAAAACGAAUUUUCACAAAUUCUGUAGAGUUAACACAGAUGGCGAGUAAUUGGAGAUUCCAGAUUUUGCCUCCCAAACAUUAGGAUAUUUCAAAAAGCUUGAUGUUAUUCUUCUAAUCCCUUUAAAGUUUGCUCAGAUGGUGAGAAACUGAAGAUCCCAGAUUGUUCAUCCCCAACACUAAUAUAUUUCACGAAACCUGAGAAGUUAUUUUCACAACUCCUUCAAAUUUAACCCAGAUGGCAAAGAACUAAAUAUCCCAGGUUAAACUCUGAAACAUCAGGAUAUUUCACAAAGCCAGACAAGUAAUUCUCACAAUUCCUUUAAAGUUAAACCAGAUUGCAGAGAAAUGAAGAUCCUAGAUUGCGCUUUUCCAACACUAGGAUAUUUAGGAAAUCUUACAAACUCUGCAACGUUAACUCAAAUGGUGAGGAAUUGGAUAUUACAC